UUUAGUUCCAUUUUGAUAUUCAAACGCGAUAAAUGUAACUCAUGAGAAGAUGACUGCAAAGAUGAAAUUUUUCAUAUAUAUUCUGUUUCUGAAAUGCUUUACUCUAAGUGUGGCAACCGAAACUGAAGAUAAUAAAGUUUUGAACAAUUUACUUGAAUCCAAGCUGAUAAAUAUAAUCGAUCUUCGGGGUAUUCUGGGUGCACUCGAAUUGAAUGCAACCUAUAAGAAUAUUAAAACACUAAACAUUGGCAGCAAAGCAAAUGAUAAUUCAAAUGUGUUGGGCUUGUUGCAAAAGCCAAAUUUCAAUGUAGAAGAGCAGAUGCAACGUCCAGAUCACAAAGCAAAGAAACCGUUCCAAACAGAAAAAGCUCUUUCGACUGAUGAAACUGCAACUGCAGUUAAGCAAUUAAAAGCACAAGUUGAUAAUCUGCAACUUUCAGUGUUCCAAUUGCAGAAUCUAGUGAAUUCGAAUACAAAUAAACCAAAAAGUUGCUUAACUGAUAAAGGCAGAGAGAGUAAUCAAGUGAUAAAAGUUCCCGGCGUAGAUGCAUUUCGUGUAGUCUGCGAUUCUUGUGCCGCUGGACCAGGUUGGAUUGUGAUACAAAGGCGAUUCGAUGGCAGCCUGGACUUCUAUAGAGAUUGGAAUGCAUAUCGCUUUGGCUUUGGCUACUUCGAUGGCGAGUUUUUCUUAGGACUUGAAUAUAUUCAUCAUCUUACAAUAUCGCGACCAUAUGAAUUGUAUAUAGAACUAAUUGACUUUGAGAAUCAGUUGUAUUUCGCUCGAUACGAUAACUUUCUCAUUGGCAGCGCAGAGGAGAAAUUUGCGCUGAAAUCGUUGGGCACCUAUAGUGGAAAUGCUGGCGAUGCUUUGAGUUAUAAUCUCUACGAUAAAUUCUCCACUUACGAUAGUGAUAAUGAUAAUUGGCUCCAUGGUAAUUGUGCCAACUACUAUGAAAGCGGUUGGUGGUUCGGUUCGGAUACAAAUAGUAAUCUUAAUGGCCGAUAUUAUAAAUGGGGACAAAGAAAUGCCAGAGGCAUUUGGUGGUAUACGCUCAGAGGAUACAACUCUUUGAAGUCUGUUAAAAUGUUAAUCAGACCAAAGUAUACUUUAGUCUAAGUAAAAGAGAAUAUGAUUGAAAAAUCGACAAACUAUUACAGGUAUAUUUUGUGUAUUAAUGCUAUUAAGAAUAAAAGUUCUUCUGAAUUUGCGCAAUU